AUGCCCGUCCACCCCACCGAAGAGACCGCGCCGUCGAACCUGACCGACAAAGUGGCACAGGAAUCUUCCGAUUCUACUGCCUCCGAUCACCCAAUUCACGACGAGAACAAGGGACCAGUCAAGGCUACAGCGGAUGACCACAAGAGCAAAGGCCCCGCCAUCCCAGAGAGCACUUCCCGAUGCCACCGGUACCAAAGAUGA